AAGUUUUUGAACGCAACUGCGCGUUCCAAUAUCAGAGUUCGGUGCAUCAUGACGGUAACGACGACGGCGACAACGGCGACGACGACGACGACGACGAUGAUGAUGAUGAGGAUGCCGCGCGACGACGUUUGCCGCACGCGUGCAUCCCGGCAGUGAGAUCGGCAUCGGCAACACGCACAACGACAGUGCUAACGAACCAUUAACGGAAUGACGCCGCGAGUGCAACGUAACGAUCGAGCGCAACGUGGAACUGUCGUCGCAGCUUGAAUCGUAUAACAUACGUACGCCGUGAAACGCACUUCCAUCCCGAUCCCGACGCAGGAUCGCCGUGAUCCGCUGGAUAAAACAAUCCCGGACAUAAUGGCAGCUCACAAGACGGGCGGGCAGAGCGCCCGUAAGAAAGUACAGGUUUCUAUGGUUAUAAGAGACGAGGUAGAGAAGCAGCACAGAGCCGGUGUUAAUUCCUUACAAUAUGAUCCAGUUCUGCAUAGGCUAUACUCUGCUGGUAGAGAUAGCAUCAUAAGGAUAUGGAAUUGUAGAAAUAUGAAAGAACCAUAUAUUCAAUCUAUGGAACACCAUACAGAUUGGGUCAAUGAUAUAGUGCUAUGUUGCGGUGGCAAAAAUCUUAUAUCUGCAAGUUCCGACACAACUGUUAAGGUAUGGAAUGCGCAUAAAGGUUUUUGUAUGUCAACACUGCGCACACAUAAAGACUAUGUCAAAGCAUUAGCAUAUGCCAAAGAUAGAGAGCAAGUUGCUAGUGCGGGUCUAGACAAGUCGAUAUUUCUGUGGGAUGUCAAUACGUUGACUGCUCUUACUGCGAGUAAUAACACAGUGACAACAUCAUCCCUGAGUGGAAACAGAGAUUCCAUAUAUAGCCUUGCCAUGAACCAGACUGGCACGAUUAUCGUGAGUGGCAGCACAGAGAAAGUUCUUCGUGUAUGGGAUCCACGAUUUUGUACCAAACUCAUGAAACUUCGUGGUCACACAGACAAUAUUAAAGCAUUAGUCCUGAAUAGGGAUGGUACGCAGUGCUUAUCGGCAAGUUCCGAUGGCACUAUCAAAUUAUGGUCACUUGGUCAACAAAGAUGCGUGCAAACGUUCAGAGUUCAUAAGGAAGGAGUAUGGGCGUUAUUGGCAACAGAUAAUUUUAGUCAUGUAAUAUCUGGAGGCAGGGAUAAGAGAGUAGUGAUGACAGAAUUAAGUUAUGCAGAGAGAUAUACAGUUAUUUGUGAGGAAAAAGCGCCUAUACUCAAAAUGGCUAUGACGCCAGAUCAAUCUAGUAUUUGGGUUGCAACCAGCGAAUCAACUAUUAAUAAUUGGUCCAUAAGUCAGAAAGAUUGGCAAGAAUUAGGACUUGGAGAUUAUUGUGAUUCUGCCAGUAAUGUAUCGAGCAACAUUUUAAGAAAUACUGAACCUGCACAAAAGAUAUUAGGAGGUCCUGCCAUAAGACAUUAUCACAUAUUAAAUGAUAAAAGACACGUUUUAACAAAAGAUACAGAAGAGAAUGUUGCAUUAUAUGAUGUAUUGAAGGCGUGUAAAGUGGAAGAUUUAGGCAGAGUCGAUUUCGAUCAGGAGUGUAAAAAAAGAAAUAAAGUGGUGUAUGUUCCAAACUGGUUUAAUGUUGAUCUCAAAACAGGAAUGUUAACUAUACACUUAGGGCAAGACGAAAAUGAUUGUUUCUCUGCAUGGGUUUCUGCCAAAGAGACUGGUCUAGCAGAGAAUGAUGCUGUAGAUCAGAAAGUGAAUUAUGGAAACCUUUUGUUACAAGCGUUACUUGAACAUUGGUGGAGGCCAUUGCACGUUGACGACGAGAAUGAAGGUAAUGGCAAUGACGGAAACGGUCCCAUACAUACAAAUGGAGGAAAUCCAUACUUCUCAGUACCUAGUCAUACACCUGUCAUUUUCAGUGAAGUGGGAGGUAGAACUAUCUACCGAUUAUUAGUUCGAGAUGCUGCAGGAGAAACCGAAGGUGUCCUAUUGAAUGAAACUGUACCACCAUGGGUAGUGAAUAUCGUUGUGGACAAGAAUCUUCCACAAUUCAUUAAAAUACCUUUCUAUCUUCUUCCACAUGCUUCUUCAGGUGUAAAAAGUUUGAAGAAGGACCGUUUAAUUGCAAAUGAUUUUAUACAAGUGCGUAAAGUGGCGGAGCAUGUUUACGAUAAAGUGCUCGGUGCAGGAAGCGAUUCAGGUUCGGUAGCUGGAGGUGGAAAUACUGUUUCAAGUGGAUCACCGGCGGGCGAUAGAACAAAUACAGAUUCUAAUGCUGAUAAUUCUUCACUGGCCGAGGAAAAAGUCGAACUGCUAUGUAACGAUCAGGUUUUGGAUCCUUCAAUGGAUUUGAGAACGGUUAGACAUUUCAUCUGGAAAAGUUCGACAGAUUUAACACUUCAUUAUCGCCCUGUUAAAUAGUUAGAAUUAACAUUGCAUCGCGAGUCUUUACAGUGUGCCUGGUUUUAUACCAUGAAUAAUGGAAAAUACAUAGUGGGCUACUUGCAGAAUAUGGUACCUUGUGCCACUUUUUCCUUAGGAAACGAUCACCUGGAUUUAACAAAUGUUUCAUGCGAAGUCGAGGCAGGAGCGAAAGAGAGCGAGGCAUAUUUGGAGUAUUAGAAUAUAAUACGUGAAGUUCAAAGGCAAUAAUGUGUGGAAGUAUUAAUGUAUAAAUUGCUCACUUUUAUACACACCUGCAUCCCGCGGCCAAAUUCACACAAUGGAGCAUUACUCUCGAUUAAUCUGCUUGAGAAUAGCAUGUUUUUUGUACCUGGAUCUAGAAUUUAAAGUGCUUGUUGUCAGCCACUUAUCGUCUUCCCAUCAGAAGUAUCAAUAAGAAAGCGUAUAGCACAAAUGCAAAAAAUAAUAAUAAAAUAAAAAGAAAGGGGAUAGACCGCAUGGCCGAAAAAAUUGUUGGUUUUAUUAGGUCUAAUAGGAUCCAGGUGAUCCUCUCACAAAUGCUUCUCAAAUUUUCUUUAUUAAUUCUAGUUUAGCUAAACUUUCCUCCCAUAAUCAAUACAUAGGAUUGUCUUGUUUUAGUAUUGUAAUAAAAGUAUUGAAUAUUUAUUGAAGGCAUGAGAGAAAUUGUAUAAUGUUUUGUUACAUGCAUGCAAAAUGUAUACUCCACACCUGCCUUGUUACAUUAGAGAGCGAAGAAAAGAGAGAAAUAUAUAUAUACAUAUAU